AUGGGACCAAACCCUUCCAGCCAUCCCCUGAUUGACAACUUGUUCAACACCAUUUUGGACUCAUGUAUCAAUGCACACCAAAGGCUCACACCGGAUGAGCAGUCGCGACGGCUACGCAACGAAUCAGAGCGAUUAUUUCUCUGGGGAGACGGCGUCUCUGCUGCUAACGGUCAGCUGGAUAAAGCCCUCCCGACGUCUUCUGAGCUUUAUCAGACUGUUCUUUCGGCUCUUUAUGAACUUGGAAAAGUGACUGAUGUCGACUUGGCCCAGGUGAUUCCUACAUCACAGCCAGCCAAUCCUGCUGCAGACACUCGCGAGCUUCGGCUACUGCUAGAAGAGGCCGGGGCUGUUCUUGGGGCACCCAACGCUACAGAAGAUUCUGAGAGUCUUUCGGAUGAAGAAAAUGGUCCAUACAGUUUGGAAGACGUUCUUGAUGACAUGACAACAUACAUCGAUUACCUUAUGGAUCUCUCUUCCCCCCUCGAAAACAUUAUCGUAUACCCCGAGUCUAUUCGGCCCGAGUCUACGUCGAUUGAACCCGCUAUUGUUGAGUUUAAUGAAAUGAAGCCGACUCGUACUCGCCCUCCCCCUAGUUAUUCUUCCAUCAACUCCUAUCGCACCUAUGUGGGGGUUGGAAUGCAUCGCGGUCUGCCCCAUUUCCAAGCAACAACAACUCUAUUUGAAGGCACUCCCCGGGAACGCGUGGUCCACUUGGGCCCCUGGGAAGUACAGUCCGAGUCAAACGAACGCCGAGUCAUUUGGCAGGGGGUGAAUCAAAACGAGAUUCUUGAGCAUUACCUUCCUUCGAAUGAGCCCUCGGAUCUUCACCCACAUACACUCCAUAACCGUCAUCGGCCUUACAAUGAGCCCGCGGAUAUGGAGCGAUAUCUAACAUUCCGAGAGCCCCACCGUAUUCGAUACAUCAACGAUGAGGGAGUCUGCAUCCACGACGAAUUUAUCAACGUGAAGUACGAGUUUUCGUCGGUUGAAUCCUCAAUGCAGUUUCAAGAAGAUCUACGACGAAAGGACCUCGUCGAUUUCUACGACACAGAUGUCGUCUGGACUAGCAUUCACGGCCGCACUGAUAGCUUCGGCAACGUUAGGGGUGUGGCGACUCUCCAACGGCUUAAGCUAUGGAGAGAUCGGUUGACUGGUCUCUACUCACUCAGCAUCUACCAAAAUAAGGUCGACCGCCAAUAUCGUGACUACAUUCUGGAAGACUUUCAGCCCGGGAUCAGGUAUAUAGAUGACAGGGCAAAAGAGCUACGGCUUGAGGCUUUGCGUCAAGAUGGUGAUAACGGUCGUCAACCGGUCACAGUAAAUCCGCUGCGGCUUAGAAGAAGGGGUAGCGAAGCUUCGGAAUCCCGAUUGCAGAGACGGUCGACAGACAGCAUACGAUACUUGGCGAUCAAGUUUUCUGAACGUACAGCGUACCGACGAUUCAUAGAGACGUGGGAGACCUUCCAGAAUCCAGACAGCCUACCCAACCAGCUCCAGUUACCAUUACGGGGGGCCAUGCCCACAUAUCUUACCCAGGAACAGCCCCAAAGAGGCACGAUGAACUUGAGCCCGGGGCCCUCCAACUUGACUGAGGCAACAGAAUCAUCAGGUCGGCAAGAGUAA